AGAAUUCACACCCUGCCCAGGAUGCUUGAGCAGAAUAAUGCUGCCUUUUUUUUCUUCUUUUCUCUCAGCAAACCAUUCAGCAAACAACUGCGUGGUUGCCUUGCGAGAGAGCUUGUUGCUCAGUGCGCAAUGCCCUCCUUCAAAGUGGCGUUUUGCUCCCGAAAGGGAGGGCCAACUUUUCAAAGUGAGCUCCUCCGAUGACGUGCCUAGAGGCUGCUGCCUAGCUGCAGUGUCACUGCAAUGGCUGAGGGGCUGGGGCUUGGAUGCUUACAAUGAGCUCAUUUUCCCAGGAGGAAGAAAAAGCAAGGAUCAGGGGGCAUCUCCGGGCUACUGCAACCUUCUUGUGAAAAUUCCCUUCUAGCUCCUUCCUUAGUUAACCUGGCCUGGUUCUUCCUUGUAAGACUGUGCGCAUGACUGGCUUGCCGAAUCACCCUCUCAACUAUUUGGAGGAUAAAAAAUAUAGCAUCUGGAGCAGUCAGGGAUGGAGUGGACCUUUUGAAUUGAUUUUUCAAAAUUAUAAAAUGAGGUAAAUGGCAAAACGUCCCAAAAAUCAAACAAAAAAACCCCAAACCAAACACUCCAAAUUACAAUCUGUCUUCUAGAAACGGCCGACAGGCUCUAGGAUGAAGCAUACUGCAAAUGCAUGGACUGACACUUUCACCAGGUAAAGCAAACAAGGAAAGCUGGAGCAUGUCUGUAAGCAUAGGAAGAGAUGGGGGAGAAGCAACCAGCAUUGCUUCAGAGAUACCGUUCAGCUCUGGAUGGUGACAGCCGAACCACCCCUUAAUGUCUUAUCGUGUUGGGAAGACAAACUAUGUCGUGGAAGAGAAUCAAGGACUAGAUGAGAACGGAAAGUUCUUUCUGCCUGGGCUUAUACCCCUCUCGCCAGACCGUCUCACGAUGUCAAAGAAGGGUGCCAGCUUUCGAGCUAAAGGAGAAAAACCGGAUGCUUUAGCCACCUUGCAAGCUGCUAAUGAAGAGCUCAGGGCAAAGCUCACAGAUAUUCAAAUUGAACUUCAGCAAGAAAAGAGUAAGGCCAGCAAAUUGGAGAGGGAGAAAAAUCAAGAAGCUCGGCAGAUUAAAGAACACGAACAGCAUAAAAACACAGUCAUUGUAACGGAACUCAAGGCUAAACUUCACGAAGAAAAAAUGAAAGAGCUCCAAGGUGUUCGCGAAGGACUUUUAAGACAGCACGAGGCUGAGCUUCUUAGAGUUAUCAAAAUUAAAGAUAAUGAAAUUCAAAGACUCCAGACUUUGCUUAACGCUGUACGAGACGGGACCCCUGACAAGGUUAAGACAGUGCUCUACUCUGAAGCAAAAGAAGAGGCCAAGAAAGGAUUUGAAGUGGAGAAAAUUAAAAUGCAGCAGGAAAUUUCAGAACUGAAGGUGGCUAAGAAACAAGUGGAGGAAGCUUUAUCUGUAGUCAUUCAAGCCGACAAAAUAAAAGCGGCAGAGAUACGGAGCAUUUAUCACCUACAUCAAGAAGAAAUCGCCCGGAUAAAGAGAGACUGCGAUCGGGAAAUUCGCAGGCUGAUGGAGGAGAUCAAAUUUAAAGACAGAGCAGUCUACGUGCUGGAAAAAGAGUUAGGGAUUCAAGCUGGGCAUACUCAGAGACUUCAACUCCAAAAGGAGGCUUUAGAUGAACAGCUGUCCCAGCUCAAAGAGGCUGACCGGCAUCUGAGUAGUCCCAAGCGGGAAGUUCCUCAUCCAAGUGGUGCAGGAGACACUUCAGAUCACUCAGGAAGUCCUGAACAGCAGUUGGACGAAAGGGAUGCUCGGCGUUUCCAACUUAAAAUUGCUGAAUUAAGCGCCAUCAUCAGAAAACUCGAAGAUCGGAAUGCACUGUUGUCAGAAGAACGAAAUGAACUUCUGAAACGUGUCAGAGAAGCUGAGAGCCAGUACAAACCACUGCUUGACAAAAAUAAACGUCUAAGUAGGAAAAAUGAGGACUUAUCCCAUGCCUUACGUCGUAUGGAAAACAAACUGAAAUUUGUAACACAAGAGAACUUAGAAAUGAGACAAAGAGUGAAGACAAUAAGAAGACCAAGUUCUUUAAAUGAUCUUGAUCAGAAUCAAGAUGAAAGGGAAGUUGACUUUUUGCGGCUACAGAUCAUAGAGCAGCAGAAUAUCAUAGAUGAACUUUCGAAGACUCUAGAAACUGCUGGCUAUGUGAAGAGUGUAAGAGAGCGUGACAAGCUUUUAAGAUACAAGAAACAAAGGAAGAAAUUUGCAAAAUUUCCCAAGAAGCCAGUGGUGGAAACAUUUUUUGGGUACGAUGAAGAAGCAUCUCUUGAAUCUGACGGCUCUUCAAUCUCAUACCAAACGGAUCGAACAGAUCAAACUCCCUGCACACCAGAUGAUGACUUGGAAGAGGGUAUGGCCAAAGAAGAAACAGAAUUAAGAUUCAGGCAACUGACAAUGGAAUAUCAAGCUUUACAGAGGGCAUAUGCACUGUUGCAAGAACAAGUUGGAGGGACGUUGGAUGCUGAACGAGAAGUUAAGACUCGUGAGCAGCUUCAGGCAGAAAUUCAGAGAUCCCAAGCUCAAAUAGAGGAUCUAGAAAAGGCACUUGCUGAACAAGGACAGGACAUGAAGUGGAUUGAAGAAAAGCAGGCUUUAUACAAAAGAAACCAAGAGCUUGUGGAAAAGAUAAAACAAAUGGAAGUAGAAGAAGCUCGGCUAAAGCAUGAGGUUCAGGAUGCUAAAGAUCAAAAUGAACUGUUGGAAUUUAGAAUAUUAGAACUUGAGGAGAGAGAGAGAAGAUCACCAGCAAUUAAUUUUCAUCACAUUCCUUUUACGGAAGGGAAAAGUCCCCUCCAAGUCUAUUGCGAGGCAGAAGGCGUAACAGAUAUACUAGUAGCAGAGUUGAUGAAAAAGCUGGAUAUUUUAGGGGAUAACGCCGUAAGUAACUUAACGAAUGAGGAGCAAGUUGUAGUCAUACAAGCAAGAACAGUUUUGACACUGGCAGAAAAGUGGCUACAACAGAUAGACGUUACAGAAUCAGCACUCCAACAAAAGAUGAUAGACCUAGAAAAUGAAAAGGACCUAUUUAGUAAACAAAAGGGGUAUCUGGAUGAUGAGUUGGAUUACAGGAAGCAGUCUUUAGAUCAAGCACAUAAGCACAUUUUGGAAUUGGAAGCCAUGCUCUAUGAUGCGCUACAGCAGGAAGCAGGAGCCAAAAUGUCUGAAAUACUUUCCGAAGAAGAGAGGGAGAAGUUGAAAAAUGCUGUGGAACAAUGGAAACGGCAGGUUAUGAGUGAACUCCGGGAAAGGGACACCCAGAUUCUCCGAGAAAGGAUGGAGCAUAUUCAGCAUGCACAACAGAGAAUUAAGGAGCUAGAAGAAAGAAUUGAAGCUCAAAAAAGACAAAUAAAGGAAUUGGAAGAAAAGCUUUCAUUCUUUGGUCAUAAUGUGUCCAUCCAGCUACAAGAGCCCAGAGAGAAGACUAGAAAUGUUUAUCUUUUAGAACAAUGUAACCGUGUAUAUAACAAAGUUUGGAGAGAAAAAUACAAUUUCACUACAAGAAAGCAGACUGCUUACUUUAUUUUGUCACUGAAGACUGAAGUUCUAAUCUUUUGACCAUUUUUUAUAAAGAAGAACUUGCGUGAAUUUUAUUUUGAAGUUAAGCUUGAUCUUCGGACAAGUAUCGCUCUCUAACUUUUUAUGAACUAGUAUUAAAAUUGUCAAAGAAGAAAGCCAAAAAAAGGAAAGAAAUAUUAGUAAUUAGCUGGCUUCCCUGAAGGAAGCCUCAUCUGUGCUGCCCAAAACGACUUCAGCUUUACAGGAAAAGCAGUAAACUCGUUCAGAUGAAGUGAAAAUAUUUUAGUUCCCUGCUAAGCAGGCAGUAAACUGCUUCUGUAAAGAAGUGAACUCAUCCUGUUUUGUAAUUCAGUCCUUGUACUGUUAUUUGUAAAUGCUUAAAUACAUGUCUUGAAAGAAGAUUGGAAACAGUUCCAGGCUAAUCAUUGGUGACACUAUGAAUGAAUGAAUGGGAAUAAUGUUUCAUUCAUGAAAGUGAGGAAUUAGUUGCAGUUAGAUUGCGUCUUUCCAUGAUAUAUUUUAAAUUGACUUGUUCGCUAACCAUGAAGAACGUGAGAGAAAAAAGUUUGGAACAUUUCCCAAACUUUCACUCCAUUCUGAAAUUUCAGUGAAGCUUGUCUACAGCAUGGCCAGGAAAACAUAAAAGGCACAAUACUUAAAAUUUAAUGCACUUCGAUUCCUGGAUGAAGGGAAGUCAGUAUUAUCAGCGUAAAGGAGAACCAAAGCAAAAGCUAAUUGAAAAAGGAAACAAAAUUCUUUAAAACUAUUAAAACUGUAAUGGAAACUUGAAAAAAAAAUGUGAGAAAUAUAUUAAGAAAGCACAAGCAGCAGAUGGAAAUGGAUCUCUUGCAUUAAAUGGUUUGAGAAGAGUUGCUUGUAAAUUAAGAAGCAGAGAAACUUGCCGUACAUAACAAAAUUGUUGCGCAAGCAGUAAAUAAAGAUUAUACAGAGAUAUAUAAGAGACAUACCUAUAUAUAUCUAUCUUCCCCAGCUGUUAUUUUAAGAUGGAAAGAAGGAGGAGCGCAGGGAGAAAACAUCAGCUUUCCAGAAAGUGAGCUUGAUAUUCAGGAAUUAUUAAAAGGUGAGGAGGUAGUUUUUAUUAUUCACCAAAUUAUAACAAAACUUUUUAAUGAUCUGUUUCUUCUAUUAAAAAGUUUUAAAUAUGAUAAACUGCUUUGCUUUGCUUUGAAUUCUAAACAAUUAUUGUUUAUUAUUGGCCUUUUUAUUAUUUUAU